AACUCGAACAAAAGACCAAUUCUCGUUAAUCCGCUCGAACAAAGCAGAGGCAACAGCCGAUGCGUGUAAUGGCUAAGACACUAUACACAAGAAGGAUUUAAGGUUACUUUGCGUUUGACCUUCAUCAUUAACAGCUCUUCAAAUAAUUGUUCUGAACUACAUAGCAGUAUACCGAACGUUUGCCCAUUCGUCAUACGUUGUUAAUUCACUUUAAUCAGUGUGCGGAGAUUAGGAUUUAGGAAUCAAAUACUUUUGUCGUUGGUGUAUAUUGAUUGGGGAAUUAGAAUGGGGAAAGCGAGCAAAGUUUGGGAGUAUUUCGCUAAGACGUCAGAUUCUAGUGUCAAGUGUAAACUGUGUGAUGUAGUUUAUAAGUACACGGGAGGAUCCACAACUACGAUGAAUAGUCAUCUUGUAAAGAAACACCCGAACACCGUGACUGCGCCUGACCAACGCCAAGGACCUAUAACCUCCUUCUUCAAGACCCCACCUACACCAAGGAGGAGUGAAGAAAUAACAGAAGGGAUCGUUUCGUUAGUUGCGAAAGACGGGCUACCCAUAAGUUGUGUAGAGGGAGAGGGGCUCCGGGGGCUAAUUCGAACCCUUGAGCCAGGUUACACCAUGCCCACCAGGCGUACCGUUACUAAUAGACUAAAGGCGUUAUACGACGUGAAGAGGAGAAGUGUCCUCGAGUUGCUUGGAGAGGUGCCCUCCGUUGCCUUGACGACAGAUUGCUGGACAAGUGUAGGGACUAAAGACUAUAUGACUGUGACCGCCCACGGAAUUGGUGACAGAUGGCAGAGGCGAAACUUUAUCUUGGAAACAAAGCCCGUAAGGGGCAUUGAAGACGAAGAUGAGCCUCAGCGCCACACAACCCAGGCCCUACAAAAUCAGCUCAGGCGUGUGACAGAAGAGUGGGGCCUUAUGGACAAAGUUAGUGGCGUUGUCCACGACAACGCUGCUAAUGUACGUCGAGUUGGGGAGGGAAUCUUGGCUCAUGACAUCGGCUGUGCAGCCCAUACACUGCAGUUAUGCGUUAACUCUGCAUUGAACUCUGUUCCGAGUAUAAGGAACAUGUCUGCUGCCGCGACGAGGCUGGUUGGCCAUUUUAAGCACUCCGUGGUCGCAACAAACGCCCUGGAGUCCGAACAGAAGCAGAUGGGAAUUGAAGAACACAAGCUGAUUCAGGCAGUCAAAACUCGAUGGAAUUCUACAUUCGAUAUGUUGCUUCGCCUGAAAGAGCAGAGAUGGGCCGUUUGUCGAGUCUUGAGUAACCGGCGUUACACCAACCAAGCAGAUGCCCGGGUAUUAGAACUAACAGAUCAACAGUGGCGAUUGCUAGAAGAAUAUGUUUUCAUAAUUCAUAUUUUAGUCCAACCCCAAUGUAUAUUGAGUCUUAUAGAUCUUACACAUAGUAAUAGCUCUAUGCCUUACGUGUACUUUACUUUUUUCUUGCAGGUCGCAACUACUGUCCUGUCAGGGGAAGAGCAUACAACAUCGUCAGUUGUGGGGCCGUUUAUGGCUGGCAUCCUCGAUCAUCAUCUCACCAUUGGAGAAGACGACUUACCUGGUGUACAGUCCUUCAAACGGAAAGCUGCUGAUGAGUUGACCCGACGAUUUGAUCUGUGUCCGGCAACAGAUCGUGGAACGGCAGAGGCCUCUCCAGUAACGCCCACCCUGAAAGCAUCUGCUCUAGACCCAAGACAUAAGAGCAUGUCGUUUGUUGCCGAUUCUACGCGCGAAGCUGUUAUUUCCGCGAUCCGAGAAGAACUACCCCCGCCAGUACCCAAACGACGAAGGGCAGAUGGACGAGAUGAUGAUCAACCUUCUACUUCCGCUCUUGACUUUCUGCUCACCGGAACAAAGGAAGCAGCAGACGACAGAGGCGAGGAAGCGGAAGUCGUCGACGAAGUAGACGCAUAUCUCCAGCGACCUGCUCCACCCCGAGCUACAGAUCCGCUACUAUGGUGGAGAGACAACGAGGACGCAUAUCCACGCGUUGCACAGUUGGCGAAGAAGUAUUUAACAUUACCAGCGACUUCUGUUCCGUCAGAAAGAGUGUUUUCUUCUGCUGGGAACAUAGUUAACAAGAAGCGAUCAUGCUUGGAACCAGAAAAUGUAGACUUGUUGGUGUUCUUGAAGGGCAACCUGAAAGAAUAGAAGCCGAGUAGCGUUACGUAGAAGUGUGAUAAGACAUUAACCUAAUUGGUUACAUUACAUGCGUGAAAUAUAGAAAGUCUAAUGGAAAACCACGAAUCAAGCUCAUUAGAGACUCAUCUGAUCAUUGGCCUAUUGUUGACUAGUCGAUCUUGCCCAAGUACGAACUUGCCCUUAAAAACUCUAUACAUGAAUACUAGACACUUGUCAUUUUCUUCACUGUUUAGCAUUUAUAUUUAUGCCUGAUACUUGCUUACCUGAUACGUUUUACUCUUACAUUGC